GGAGCGUCCAGUUUCAUUCGGUCAUCGGAAGAGUUCAGACUUAUCCUCUAGUUUCCAGGACGAUCCGUUUGUGCGCUUUAUUGAACCAAUUUGCUUUUGUGCAAGUGUUUUUAUAGUGACACUGAUCCACAGGGAGACAAAGUGAAAAUCUGUACCGUUUAACGCUAGUUCACUCUGUGAGGAAAAAGGGAAAAGUUAUAUUUGGAAUAGAUCCCCGCCAGUAGCGGUGCGGUGUGCUCGUUGAACGGUUGUUUCCAAAGUUGUUCGAUUCCGAAGUUAAGUUAACAGGCACCAGUUGUGAAACUUUCUUGCAGAAGCAUUUUUUUGCAUUCUAAUUAGGUUGUUCGAGAACCAUCCUUGAACAUCAUACCGGUGUGAGGAAGAAAAGAAAGAGUGCAAACUAUCCGGUGAUUGUUCAGUUUUCGUUUUGCGAAAUAAAUUAGUUUUCAAGUUGUUUCUGUUAUUUAAUAAAGACUAUUAUUUUCGAGACAGUAAAGUAACGAUUGAUUCUACAAACGAUUUACAUAUUUUACUGUGAAAGUUCUUAUUGUGCACAUAAAACAUAAUCCACGGAAAGGUUAUAAACCAGACAAAAGGCAAGGAUAACCACCAUUAUUUUCAUUUUCUUACAAAAGUGAUCUUCAACUGUUGUCUUCCUCUGAGUUCGUAUUCCUCAAAUAAGUAAACAAGUGGCUAAAAGUCAGAACAGAGUGUUUCUUAGAACUGAAAAGUCUAGUGAAAAAUUUGAUCGUGAGAUUUUACAUUUGUCAGUGCAAGCUAACCGAGUAUCAGUGCAUCAAAGCAGUCGAGUUCUGUGUUUGAGUAAUCUUCGAAAAACUAUACGCAUCCUUUACGUUUGAACCGGAGAAUAACAGUCUCGCACUGCGAGUAGAAUGGCUCCACCUAACAAUGAGCUUACAUCGCAAGUGAUUGUGCCACUUCGUGAAACGAUCCAGCGACAGCAGGAACAGCAGGAUGAGGUUCUUCAACAGCAACAAUCAACAAAACCGGCUAUGGAUUGGGAAACACCAGCAGCACAAGGUCUUUAUGAUCCACAAAACGAGCACGAGGCCUGCGGCGUUGGUUUCAUCGUAUCGAUCGAGGGAAAAGCCAGCCAUAAGAUCUUACGGGAUGCCCAAACGCUUGCGAUCCGUAUGAACCACCGCGGAGCUUGUGCCUGUGAUAACGAUACCGGUGACGGUGCCGGUGUCUGUGUGUCGAUUCCGCACGACAUGUAUGCCAAGGAUCUUGCAUCUCGUGGCAUCCAGUUACCCGAAUUGGGUCGUUAUGCAACCGGUAUCUUUUAUCUUGACAAACAUUCUCACCUGGAAGCCAAAAAGGACUUUAAUUCGCUGGCCGAAAGCCUCGGAAUACAGGUGAUUGGUUGGCGUGAUGUGCCGACUAACCAGGAAGCGGUCGGUGCCGUUGCUCGCAAGAGUGAGCCGUUGUCGCAGCAGGUGUUCGUUACGGCUGAUGUCGACAAUGACACGUUCAAGCGACAGGUGUUUGUUUUGCGCAAGCGUGCCACCCACGAGCUGCAGCGUCCAGGUCGCCGGUUUUACAUCUGUUCCCUGUCGACGAAAACUAUCGUUUACAAGGGUCUGUUCACGUCGGACCAAAUUUGGGACUACUAUCUCGAUUUGAAGAAUCCCGAGUUUACUACCUAUUUGGCACUGGUUCACACCCGUUUCAGUACCAACACGUUCCCAUCUUGGGAGCGAGCUCAUCCGUUGCGCGUUUUGGCCCAUAAUGGUGAAAUUAAUACACUUCGGGGCAAUGUUAACUUCAUGAAGGCUCGCGAGGGUGUUAUGAAGAGUGAGCUCUACGGCGAUGAACUGAAGAAAUUGUAUCCCGUAGUCGAGCCGAACUUGUCCGAUUCAGGAUCAUGCGACUGUGUUCUUGAAUUUUUAAUGCAAGUCGGUGACCGAUCUUUGCCAGAGGCCGUUAUGACUAUGGUUCCAGAGGCGUGGCAAAACGAUCGUACCAUGUCCCAGGAGAAACGUGAUUUCUACCAUUGGUCGGCAUGUGUAAUGGAACCCUGGGAUGGACCGGCGCUGAUCUCCUUCACCGAUGGACGCUAUAUCGGUGCCAUCCUGGAUCGUAACGGCUUGCGUCCUUCCCGGUUUUAUGUAACCCGCGACAACAUACUGAUCAUGGCUUCGGAAGUUGGUGUUUAUGACGUUGAUCCUAAAGACGUUACGCUCAAGAGCCGUCUCAAGCCAGGUCGUAUGCUGUUGGUGGACACCGAACAAAAGUCACUGAUUCAGGACAUUGAGCUCAAGUCCCAAAUAGCAAGGUCACGCCCGCACUCCGAGUGGCUUCAGGAACAAAUCACAAUGGAGUCGAUUCGAGAAGCGGCUGCUGAGAGUAACGGCUGUACCGAUCUGAGCAACUAUCUACCUGACGAGAACCACCGUGGUAUCAUGGAUCCUCGGCUGCAAUUAUAUGGUUAUACAACGGAAACGAUCCACAUGCUGUUGCUUCCGAUGAUCAAGAACAAGAAGGAGGCUCUCGGUUCCAUGGGCAACGAUGCACCACUAGCGUGCCUUUCUGCAUUCCAACCCUUGCCGUACGAGUACUUUAAGCAACUGUUUGCACAGGUCACGAACCCACCGAUUGAUCCUUUCCGUGAAAAAAUUAUCAUGUCACUGCAAUGCCCGGUUGGUCCAGAGGCUAACCUGCUGGCAGCAUCCCCAUCGCAGGUACAUCGCAUCUGGCUAGAUAAUCCUAUCCUGAGCAUUCCAGAUGUUGAAAUCCUCAAACGGAAUCAGCAUCGUGGAUGGAAGACUAAAGUUAUUGACAUUACAUUCCCAGCUGCUGAAGGCGCCGAGGGACACGUCACAGGAUUACGUCGCGUAAGCGCCGAAGCUUUGAACGCCGCCAAAAGUGGCUACCAGCUUCUAGUUCUCUCGGAUCGAGCUGGAGGUCCGAACAGGGCACCAAUCUCAGCCUUGCUAGCACUAGGCUCCGUACAUCAUCAUCUGAUUGAGGCACGCCAGCGCAUGAAAGUCGGCUUGAUAGUUGAGACGGCCGAGGCACGAGAAGUGCAUCACUUCUGCGUUCUACUAGGAUACGGUGCCGAUGCCAUUUGUCCGUACUUAGUUUUCGAAUUGGCUGAAGCCCUCCGCGAUGAAACCGUUAUCGACCCCACGUUGACCAAUGAUGCAAUAUACAAAGCCUACGCCCAAGCUGUUGAGACCGGAAUUCUGAAGGUUAUGGCAAAGAUGGGUAUUUCAACACUACAAUCUUAUAAAGGUGCCCAGAUUUUCGAAGCUGUUGGAAUCGGUGCGGAUGUGAUCGACUGUUGCUUCCGUGGAACUCAGUCCCGAAUUGGAGGUGUGAACCUUCAAGUAUUAGCUGCAGAGGGCCUGCAACGUCACAAUAUGGUGUACGGGACUAACAAUGCCGACAUUAAAAUUCUGCGUAAUCCAGGUCAAUUCCACUGGAGAGCUGGUGGCGAAGGGCACAUCAACGAACCUGCCGCCAUAGCUGCUCUCCAAGAAGCCGCAGUAAAUGAGAAUAAGGGAGCUUAUGCACAGUUUCGAGAUACAACGAUGAAAAGUGUAGAGAAAUGCGCUCUACGAGGCCAGCUGGAGUUCGUUAGAGGUCGCCCAAAAGUGGACAUCUCCGAAGUAGAACCAGCCAGUGAGAUUGUUAAAAGAUUUGCUACCGGUGCCAUGAGUUUCGGAAGUAUUUCACUCGAAGCGCACACAACACUUGCCAUAACUAUGAACCGUAUUGGUGGCAAGAGUAACACUGGUGAGGGCGGUGAAAAUGCAGAUCGGUAUCUAAAUCAAGAUCCCAACCAUAACAAACGUUCGGCUAUCAAACAGGUUGCUUCGGGUCGGUUUGGUGUUACAGCUGCUUACAUUGCCAACGCCGAUGAUUUGCAAAUUAAGAUGGCUCAAGGUGCCAAACCUGGUGAAGGCGGUGAACUUCCCGGCUAUAAGGUAACUACGGAUAUUGCCAAGACACGUCACUCAGUUGCGGGAGUAGGUCUGAUUUCGCCUCCACCUCAUCAUGACAUUUAUUCGAUCGAGGAUUUAGCUGAACUGAUUUACGACUUGAAGUGUGCUAACCCAAGAGCACGUAUAAGCGUUAAACUAGUAUCAGAAGUAGGAGUCGGAGUUGUUGCUUCCGGAGUGGCCAAAGGCAAAGCGGAACAUAUUGUAAUAUCAGGACAUGAUGGUGGUACUGGAGCUAGCUCAUGGACUGGCAUCAAAUCGGCUGGUUUACCUUGGGAACUAGGUAUUGCCGAGACACAUCAAGUGUUGGUUCUAAAUGAUUUGCGAUCCAGAGUUGUUGUUCAAGCCGAUGGUCAGUUGCGUACAGGCUUCGACGUUGUAGUUGCUGCUAUAUUGGGUGCUGAUGAGUUCGGAUUUAGUACGGCUCCUCUAAUUGUCAUGGGUUGUACUAUGAUGCGCAAGUGUCAUCUGAAUACUUGCCCCGUCGGGAUUGCUACCCAAGACCCAAUACUGCGGGCCAAAUUUGCCGGAAAACCGGAACAUGUUGUCAACUAUUUCUUUAUGUUGGCUGAAGAGAUUCGUGAAAUAAUGGCAAGUUUGGGCUUGCGUAAAUUCCAAGAAUUGAUUGGACGCACCGAUCUACUGCAAGUUCGUAGCGAUCUUUCAAACAAGGCAAAUCUGCUGGAUCUUCAGAUGCUGUUGAAAAACGCAUUGGAUCUCCGUCCUGGAACCAACAUUAUUGGAGGAUCACUUAAGCAAGACUUCACUCUGGUGGAGCGCGCCGAUAAUUACUUGAUCGAAAAGUCCCAAGGUGUUCUUGCCGGAACGGAAGACUCAAUUACAUUGGACAUGAAAAUAAGGAAUGAGGAACGUGCUUUCACAAGCACCCUAAGCUAUGAGAUCGCUCGUAAGUAUGGCGAUUCGGGUCUACCAGAAGGUCGUACCAUCAAUAUCAAUUUGACUGGAUCGGCGGGUCAAAGUUUCGGUGCCUUCUUGGCCAAAGGAGUUAAUCUUCACUUGGUAGGAGAUGCCAAUGACUACGUUGGUAAAAGCUUGUCAGGUGGCAGUAUCAUUAUUCGACCGCCCGAGGAAUCACCCUUCGAAUCUCACCUCAAUGUUAUUGUCGGCAAUGUAUGUCUUUAUGGUGCUACUUCUGGACGAGCAUACUUCAGAGGCAUUGCUGCAGAAAGAUUCUGCGUACGUAAUUCUGGAGCCGUCGCAGUAGUUGAAGGUGUUGGAGACCAUGGUUGCGAAUAUAUGACGGGAGGUAUGGUACUGAUCCUGGGGUUGACCGGACGGAACUUUGCCGCUGGUAUGUCGGGAGGCAUAGCCUACGUUCUGGAUGUUGAUGGUACAUUCCGCUCAAAGGUUAACCCGGGAAUGGUUGAGCUGUUGGGGCUGGAUUUGGAUGAUGAUCGUCUAAUUGUUAAAAAUUUGCUGGAAGAAUUUGUGGAGAAGACUGACUCAGUCAUUGCUAAAGACUUACUGUCAAUUUGGCCAGAGCCAUGCCAACAAUUUGUUAAAGUUUUCCCCUAUGAGUAUCAAAAAGCAUUGAAGGCCCAGAAAGAGGAACUCGUUUUGCAAAAGGAACUCAAUGCUCUUACUAACGGUACUCCGAAACACGAACCGAAGGUUAAAGAUAUUGAGGAAUCGAUUGAAGAUGCGACGUUAGCCAAGAAAAAACUAGAUCAAAUUCUGGAUAAAACUCGCGGUUUCAUCAAGUACAAGAGGGAGACCUCAAUCUAUCGCAAUGCAGGCGAACGCCAGAAGGACUGGAAAGAGGUGUAUAAUUUCUCUCACGUUCGCAAAAAUCUGAAAAUGCAGGCUGCUCGUUGUAUGGAGUGUGGCGUUCCAUUCUGUCAAUCCAAUUCACACGGAUGUCCCCUGGGCAACAUCAUUCCCAAAUGGAACGAUCUUGUAUUCAACGGUAGCUGGAAGGAAGCUAUUAAUCAGUUGCUGCAAACCAAUAACUUCCCUGAGUUUACAGGACGUGUUUGCCCAGCGCCUUGCGAAGGGGCUUGUGUUUUAGGCAUUUCUGAGCCAGCAGUCACGAUCAAAAAUAUAGAGUGUGCCAUCAUUGAUCAUGCAUUUGAGCAGGGUUGGAUUACCCCCCAAGUUCCAGCUGUUAGAACGGGUAAACGUGUUGCCGUUAUUGGUUCUGGUCCAGCUGGUCUGGCCGCAGCCGAACAGCUCAAUAAAGCAGGCCAUCUGGUUACCGUAUAUGAACGAAAUGAUCGCCCGGGAGGUCUUCUGCAAUAUGGCAUUCCAACAAUGAAACUUUCCAAAGACGUCGUCAAACGACGUAUUAAUUUGAUGAUUGACGAAGGAAUUGAAUUUAAAUGCAAUGUUCACAUUGGAAAAGAUUUAAUGGCUUCUCAGUUGGAAAAGGAUUAUGACGCUGUUCUGUUCACUACGGGAGCAACUUGGCCUCGCGAUCUGAACUUGCCAAAUCGGGAUCUUAAAGGCAUUCAUUUUGCAAUGGAGUUUUUGGAGGCUAGUCAGAAAAAACUCCUUGGAACAAAUCAGUCUUGGAUUUCUGCGGAAGGGAAGCAUGUUAUUGUAAUCGGUGGAGGAGAUACGGGAUGCGAUUGUAUUGCCACGUCAUUGCGACAGGGUGCCAAAACUAUUACUACGUUUGAAAUUUUACCAACACCCCCAGAAAAACGAGCCCAGGAUAAUCCAUGGCCACAGUGGCCGAAGAUAUUCCGAGUCGACUACGGUCAUGAAGAGGUUCGAGUAAAGUGGGGUAAAGAUCCACGCCAAUACAGCACCACAACAAAGGAAUUUGUUAGUGACGGAAAUGGGAAUAUUAAGGGAGUAAAUACGAUACAAGUUGAAUGGACUCAAAGUGCGACUGGACAAUGGAAAAUGGCAGAAGUUCCGGGAACUGAAAAAUAUUUCCCGGCUGAUCUAAUUUUGCUAGCAAUGGGAUUCCUCGGUCCGGAGAGGGUUGCUCCUACAGAAAUGAAGCUUGAAUUGGAUGGCAGAGGUAACAUCAAAACAUCGGUGAGCACAUACGGAACUGCUAAUCCGAAGGUAUUUGCCGCCGGUGACUGUCGCCGAGGGCAAUCGCUCGUUGUUUGGGCGAUCACCGAAGGGCGACAAGCAGCUCGUCAAAUUGAUUCCUACUUGAUAGGUAAACCAAGCUCACUCCCGGGUCCUGGAGGUGUUGUAGAUCCAACACGAUCUCCAUAAAUCUUAUUAAAUGCACAGCAUAACAUUAACUCAUGAGAUAACACUGAACUAGCUUAGAUGGUAAGCUGUGUUAGUGUUAUUCACCAAUGAGAUUCUCCAACAUUCAACAGAAGAAACUAAUCACAGGUUUACAACUAUAAAUACGGUACAGAACGUUCGAUACGUCCAGGUGGUUCGAUGCGAAUCAAAAGUAGAUGGAAGUUCUAUAGAUCUAGUGAUUCUCAUACGUUUCUGUUAGUUCGGUAGAAGUUGCUUUUUUUUACCAUUAUAUUAUAUAUAAUCAAGCAUAAACGAUUAUUUACUACAACUCAUCAUUAGUUUAAAAAUUUGUUUUACUUUACUUCAACACUUCAUUGUAUUAUCAUUAGACGCUAACACUGCUUAGUAAUGAUGAAUAAAUGUUUAUUUCACUAUUUGUAUAAACAUCCACUAAAUACUUGUAAUUAUCAUUUACAUAUAUUUAAUCAAAUAUUUUUCUGUAUUAGUAAUACGGGAAAGCUUGCAAAGAACUUAUUUACACUGUUUUGUCACUUUCUGUAAAAAAAAGAACAACUUUGUUGCCAAUUAUAAAGUGACUACCGUGAACCAAAAGACGCAACAUAUCUGUGUUAUUAUUGUCAUUUUACAAGACAAAAGAAAUUUUUUUAAUCAUGUUGAUUAGUCGCUAGCUUGGAUAUUCUGUUCGAAAUACAAUUUCGCUUUUCUGCUGCUUCUUGUAUUUUAAUUUAUUUUUGAUCCUGUUGGUUCCAUAUUUCAACUAAAAAUCAUAUCGUUUUUGACUCAUCGUCGUCAUCGUGUGGUCAUUAUCAUCGUGGUCGAACAAUCUGAAAAUUCGUAAUGAGUGAAAAACGCGUUUUCACACUACAUUCUAACCAACAUUCCAUCCGACUCCGUAAAUAUGAUGUAACAGUACAACUAUCUUCAUAAAUAAUACCUCGUGCUUAACCACCGGAAGCAUGUCCGAGUCAAGAUUCACUAAACCAUCAAAUAGUGCAACUGUUUGAAAAUCCCUCUGAGUUCAAACCUACCAUGUAAGCAGAGAAAGUAGAAAGUCAAUUAAACGAUGACAUGCACUAUGGCAAGACUUGUUUUACCAAAAUAAGUUCCAAAAAACCCAAUGGCUGUAUUAUUUAUGUGUAUCGACAAUAACUAGAAAGCUAAUAUUUGUGAGUUCACACAAUUAUAUAUAUACAACAAAUCUAUACCAAGAUGUAGCUCGCAUGGUAUUGCAGUAUUUUAGAAAAGAACUAGUAAAAAGAAAAUGUCCCUCAAACAACAAAACAUAGAGUAAGUUGAUUGUAACAAUCCGCACUAGUUCCUCCGUAGCUCAUCUGUACUCGAACGUCAUGUUAAGUUAAAUGUUUGACGAAUAUCUGUUAUCGAAAAUAUGGCUAUCGCAUGAAUUUUAGUGAAUAUAUAUUCUAUACAGUUCGAUGCUGUUAAAGUGUGCAAAAUAUGUACUUACUAAAUAUUUACAGUAUCAAUUACUAUCAGCAUAUAACGAAUAGCAAAAUGGCAAAUAACACACAAUUGUUUCACGCAAAAUAUUGCGUUAUGCCUGUUCCCAAGUGUUACACACAAAGUUUAAAACAAACAAACGCAAAGGUCAUAUGCUCAAAGUCAUAAGACUGUUUGAAGCAUUCUGAAGUCAUCCAGGAGUUAAAAGUGAUACUCGUUAAGCUGUUUAUUCACACCAAAUUUGAAUUUCAAUGAAAAGCAUUGUCAUGUAUAUUGUUUACAUCAAAACAUAUAAAUAUCUGCUUAAAGUUGUUCAAUAAAUGUAAUAUACAAUUA